CUUUCGCAUCGAAAACAUCUCCGCAGUGAAAACAUUGUAAGACUCCUAAAAAAAUCAAACAAAAUGUUCAAGCUCCUCGCUCUCAUCGCCUGUCUGGUGGUCGUUGCCUCUGCUCAGUAUCAUGUUCCGGAGCAUGAGCACAAGGAGCAUCACGCGCAUCCCAAGUACAAGUUCGAGUAUGGAGUUAAGGACCCGCACACCGGUGACCACAAGAGCCAGUGGGAAGUCCGAGACGGAGAUGUCGUCAAGGGAGCCUACACCCUGGAGGAAGCCGAUGGAACCCACCGGGUGGUUGAGUACAAGUCGGACAGCCACAAUGGUUUCGAGGCCAAUGUGAAGAAAGUUGGACACGCUCAUCACCCGCAAACCCACGCCAGCCACCCAGUGCAUGUUCCGGAACACCACGGAAGCCACCACGGACACGGCGCUGGUUCCUACGUCAACCUUGACAAACACUACUGAAUGACGGGAUGAAUUGCUCAA